AUGUUUGAUUUGCUUACAAAGAAGACAGAUGAAAAGGAUCAGAAAGCCAAGGAAAAGCAAAGGGAAAGAGGUGAAAUUGACAUAGAUAACUCAGAUGACAGCUGUGGUGAAGAAGAUUUGGAUAAUUGUAAUGCAGUUCUUCUACAUAAACCCACAAAAGGAUCUAGUUCCUCUAAAUCUGUGGCAGGUGGUGGCACUAUGGAGAAAUACUACAAGCCUCCUUCUAUAGAAGAGUCAGUUAUGAUAAUGCAGAAAGGAACAUGGCUUCUGCUUGCUUCUUUGUUUCAGUCUGCAUCUCAGGUCCGCUCUGGACAUUUUGCUGCUGGUUUCGCUGAUGGUUCUAUUAGGAUAUUUGAUGUUCGCACACCUGAUAGGAUUGUCUAUAUGGCCAGGCCGCAUGCCCCAAGAACAGAAAAGGUUGUUGGCAUAGGCUUUCAGCCUGGUUUUGAUCCAUAUAAGAUUGUAAGUGCAUCCCAAGCUGGGGACAUUCAAUUUCUUGAUGUAAGAAGGGCAGCAGAACCAUGCCUGACUAUCGAGGCGCACAGGGGUUCACUUACAGCAUUAGCUAUUCAUCGGCAUGCCCCUGUUGUCGCGAGUGGUUCAGCCAAGCAGAUGAUUAAAGUGUUCAGUCUUGAAGGAGAACAGUUGACUAUAAUUCGCUACCAGCCAUCGUAUUUGGGCCAAAGAAUUGGCAGUGUGAAUUGCCUUUCUUUCCACCCAUAUAAAUCACUCUUGGCCGCUGGUGCUGGUGAUAAUGCUCUUGUCUCUAUCUACGCCGAGGAAAAUUACAAGUAAGACGAG